AGUCCCACCCACCCUGGGGCGAAAGCGUUUGUUUCCCUUAGAGUCCAUUGUUUCCUUUGAAAUUUUCUAUUCAUGUUGCUUCGACCGUACCAGCACUUUUACCUCUGGCGUCAUUUGUAAGUAACUUUUAGUCUGCUUUCGAUGGACGACGCUGACUUGAAGCGUGCGUAGAAGUGUUUGCUCUGUUGAUUUUUUUGGAGUAGCUAGUUCCUGGUUUUGGUCGUGGAAAUAUCAUAAGCACAUUUAUUUCCUUAUCAUCAUCCGCUUCCGCAGCUCCCAAAUACAAAAGGACAGAGGAGCAUCAACAAAUACAAAAUGUCGUCCUCGUCAUCGUCCUCGAAUAGCUCGAUGAGCUCGAGCGCGUCGUCGUCCUCAGGUCCGGCCUUUGGGGGUGGCGGGAAGAGCUCCACCAGCAAGAGCUCCACCAGCAACAUUAAGGCUCCUUUGAUCAUGUUGUUUCGAGAACUUGAAUUUGAUUUUCAACAUUUGAUUUCAGAAAUAGUUAGAGCGCAAAAACAAGGAAGAGGACCAUGUCUAUGAUCGUCAUAUUGGAAAAUCUUUAAUCUCCUGGUCGUGGUCUCUCUGAAUUUUGCGCUUGGAUCUCUGUAGCUAGCGUAGAAUUUACUCAAGGAUGAAGUAGUACCUGUAAACCUACUUUCGAAGAAACGGAUUCAAUUUAUCAGUUUGUAGUUUUCCUUUCCUGCUCUGCUCUUGUUUCUAAUUUACCGAGUAAAAGUUCGGCGAGCAGCAGUUCGUCUGCAUCGAAGAGUUCCAAGAGUUCUUCUAGGAAGUCUGCGGCGAUGAAGUCUCAGGCGCCAAAAUCGACGCGAGAACCGCAAAGCGAUGAUAUGUACGGAAAUAUGCAAGCGGGAUCUAAUGCCGGUGGUUCUCCAGGUAUAAAAUCGCAAAUGGGCGGCGGCAUGAAAUCCCAAAUGGGCGGUAACAUGAAAUCGCAAUUCAACGUGAACGAUAUGAAGAAAGACCCUAACGCAAGCCACAGUUUUGCAACGAGCGGCCGCUACAACCCAGGGGAAGCACCAAAACAUUUUGUUCCCUCCGAAAGCUCCGGAACGGAACCCGCUUGGAAGACGGCGCUCAAAGCCAAAUUGCAAAAACAGGGAGGGGCUACAUGUACUAAAUAAAGCCUCCCAACUGAUUAUUCUAAUUGCAUUAGAAUUUGAUAUGUCUGUUUUCGACUAAAAAGUAAGUUGUAGUAUUUGAUUUUGAUUUUCUUCGUUCUUAUGCUAGAGUAAGAUCAUCUUCUAGCCCUAGAGAAGCUGUCAUGGCGAAGAUAGAUGAUCACUGAGAAACUUUAGGAGCAUCUCAACAUCGUCAUCUCCCAGCUAGAUUCCCAAAUCCAUAUCAAGCUAGAAGCCAUCUGAUGAACUUGAGCAUAAGCAAAGGGCCGUCUUCUACGAGAGCAAGUACUGAAUCGCAAGUUGCAGAAUCACACUUACACAAUUUUUCAUACAGACAAAAAUAUGCGCUUACCUAAUUUUCUGUCGUGGUUCUAUCUGGUUUCAUCACAUACUUACAACACUGCAGCUUUGGCCACGGGUAUGGUCGGAGGGCCCUCCGUUGGUUCUGAGCAUAAAGCUCAUUUUCAUCGCAUGACGGUCGCGGAACAGGCAGUCGCGGUCGCCACGGGAGACAUCAAGUCGCGCGCGCUGGAGGCUGGCGUGAGUCGCGCCGAUCUUGUGGCGUUCAAAGACGAUAUCAAACACAUCGAUUUUGAAGCCUCCUUUCAGAAGAGGCACAGUGGCCUCCACGAGUUAACACCGGAAGAAAAGCAGAAGCUUGAAGCGAAGGAGCUGAAAGAGCGUCAGGCGGCGGCGGAUUCCGUAGGCGCAAAAUUACCGGAGGACAAAGGGAAAAAGGGGCCCUCGCCACCGAAGCCUUCUGCCCCGAAGCCGAAGGAGGACACCGGUAUUGCCGAGGAGGCAGCCGGAUCGGCGAAACGCGGCUCGGCCAUAGCACACGACGAAGACGGGGCACCGGUGUUCAAAGAUGUGAAGGUGUCCACGGACGGCACCACGCUGCCGAAGACGGAUAAGUACAUUUGCGUUCGCACUUGCGGUAUGGUUUAUGGCGACGAUUUUGACGGGGACUAUGUGGUAAAGAUCGCAGCGGGAACGAAAGCGGUGCUAAGGCGCACCAAGGCUGCCGGUUUCGAGAGCAAGAUUGCGAAGAACCUCUUGUUCAUCCCAAUCACCAUUGCGAGUAAGCACUUACCGGAGUUAGAUGGAACGAACGGAUGGAUCCCCUGGUCCGCGUGGGCGGACGAGGACUGGGUGUCCACGCCACGGGACAGCCCGAUCGUGCAGGAUGCGUUGGCGGAUGAGACGCGGCGUUUUCCCAAGGACCAGUUUGCGGACGAUCAGAAGCGCGGCAUCGGUCCGCGCAUCGUCUACGAGAUGGAGAAGCUGCGCACUGACACGAAGAACUCGAAGAAGGACGACAACGAGCACUUCUACUUGGCGGAGGUGAACACGAGCACCGGUUUGAUUCAGGUGCAGAUGGGGAAUCAUCCGAGGUACGAGGUCGGGGUGGACGGCGAAUACACGGUGGAGGCGUUGGAGCUCGAGAAAAAGGCGGUGGACCGAUUGCCACCGGAUCACAAGUACUACUACUUGCAUUUGCUGCAGUGGCUGAAGGAAGGCAAGGACAUUUCCGAAAAGCAGAAAAAGUAUUACGACGAAAUGCAAGAUGUUCUCCACUUCAUCCGAAAAGCGCUGUGGGCGGAAGGCGAAGAAGAGCGGGUCUUGGUACUGUGAGUUCUACUGUGUGGAUUUAUUCAGGCAAUGAAAAAUAGACUGGGUGAAUAGGAAGCUAUAGGAACCUACUUAUGAAUGUAUUUUUGUUAUUAUUCUCAGGGACUUGCUACCUAGCAAACGCUUAUCUUUCUGCGACUAUUUUCGCUUGAAGUAGAAUAAUCCAACUUCAAGUAAGACGAUCUCAAGUAGAAUAAUCCAACUUCAAUGGUGCACUGGUCCAAUUGCAAAUACAGCACGUGUUCAUUCUCAUCGUGUUUACUACCAACUUAGGUGCGAGCCGCAUUGGCAAAGGUCGGAACGGAUGGAACGCAUUUGCCGGUUCAUCAUGAUGUGAUUCGAGACCCUGCUAAAUUGGGACCUUACGGGCCAAGAUUCAUGAUGUAUGACCCGAAGGAGCGGGUGGUUCAAAUAGCGGGCUCUUUUAAGCCCCAGGAGAUGGAAGAGAAGUUCACUCCUCGAGAGCGAUCCAUGGUCGUCAGCAGCGCGAAUCUGAUGCCCGAACCGCUUACUUUGAAAUUACGAAAGGCGCAGAGGAAGCCGUCAAAAGAGGUUUUCCAGACUUUCCGCUUUCAGCAACCGGGCACGGUCUACGUAAACAACACGCUACCUCCGAAGGUACUCCUUUUUACACAGGAGACGUCUCUGCCUUACAGGUGAGGUUAAUCACACUAACUAAACGUCUUGUUUUUUGUGAUCCUUUUCCAACGUCCCAGUGCAAUUCAGACGAGGUGACGAACGUGUACUUUUUUGGAUGGUGAGCCUUUUCUUCUACGCUGAUGGUCUACUAGCGAAAAGAAACUUUAGAAUUCAUAAUAUAUUAACAAAUGUUUGUUGGUUGUGUCUCAAGCACCAUCCUUCCACCCUUUUUUGAUCACCAGUUCUCUUUGCUGCUUUCUGGUGGUAACCCGAACACGCUGCCAGCACCAGAGGUACUCAUGACGCCCCUUCCGCUUGGCGCCUACGAGGGGGUGUGCGUUAUGCCGAAGGGGUUUGCAGAUGUGUUCUGCAUGUACCAUUUGAAGCUGCGGACACGAGGACGAGUCGCCCUCCUGGUGUACAUGGGAGUGGGCAAGUACAUGCGGCGGCUCAUUUUUAAAGGUUACUUCAAUUUCACCGAAGGCGGUGCCGACAUUUUUCUAGAUGACUUGUUGCCGGUCGAGGAAGAGGAAAAGGAAGAGUCGAACCAAAGUCCUGCUAAUCAAAGUGCUUCAGCCGCAACGAAAUCACUGAAACGGAAGAAAAACGCGCAGACAAAGGCUGAGAUCCCUCCUCUGAAACUACUGGCAGUGACAGAACUGUUCGGAGACCUGCGAGUCUCAUUCAAAGAAGGCGAGUUGGACAAGUUCAUGAGCCACCCGACUGUCCAUGCGCGAAUCAUGAAGGGUAUUCGGAAAGCCAGGCUCGAUUAUGCCAUUGCGACUACAGGAAAGGUAUUCGUCCUUUAUACCCACUGCGUAGAAUUGAUUUAAAUAAUAUCUCUCUUGCCUCAGAAGACGUGACCGGCACUGACCGGCACGUCUUCGGCGCGGGAAACCUGCUUUGUAAUUUUGAAUCUAAAGGUUGCGCUGUUGCGAAUGUUGCUUUGUAAUUUUUAGAUGCCGAAGUAGGUAAUUCUGCUGUUGUUGCUUUGUAGUUCAGAUGCGGGUCAUAUGCCUACUUGUCUUUCAUACAUGCCGGAGCCGGAUAGGCACAAAAAUGCAGGCGUUCAAAGUAAUUUCUGCGAAGUGACUCUCUUGUUGUGGGUUGACUAGGGUCGAAAGAACGAAACGCCCUUGGUUUAGAUUCACUAGGCCUUUCCGCCUUUGUCGGUUUUUGUAUGUAAGAAUGGCGGAUGUUUAUACCCCGUGGUACUGGGAACAUCAGUCAAUCCAUUAAUUUGCCAAAAGUAUGCAAAUCUUCACAGUGGACAAAAUGCAUCCGUUCAUCUGAUGUUUCCAAAUCAAUCAAUUUGCUAAGGUUCCAACGAUCUAUGGUCCGUCUGGCCGUGACUUGAAGGAGGUGAAAGAUGGAAAGUGGCUAGCGGAGGAGAAGAUUAGUUCGAAAAGCAUGCUCUUAGAUUAUGUAAAGACGGCCUCGAGUGUAAACCAAAAGGUGUCCUUGCGUUACUCAGUGGACGACCAAGUGGAAGAUAUGUGUCCGAGUAUCCCUGGUGAGGGCCUUUCAACCAGCAACAAGCAGAAACCGUGGGAGCGAUCCGGCACCGUAUUUACGCGAGGAAUGGAGAAACCGGCGGACGACGAGAGUGUCGGUAAGACUGGUGGGGGCAGUUUGAAAGGGGAGCGCGCGAGUACGAGAAAUGGAGGCGAGCCCGGCAGUAUGAAACCAGACGGACGCGGAGAGAGCAAGAAGAGCGCUGCACCCAGUAGCGGUGCAGCAACCAGCAAGACGUCAACGUCCAACACAAAUACAAAUACGAACACCAACACGAACAAAUCGUCAAAUUCCUCGCGCAGCAGUAGCAAGUCUUCCUCUGCUUCGGCCUCGUCCACCUCGCAGAGCAGUAAAGGAGGCGGUGGUGGCGGCUUCGGAUGGGGCAAGAAGGACAAAUCAGAAACGUCAGGGUUCACGUCGAGCUCAGUGUCUAAAAGCAGUGGCUCUGGUCCUGGAUUUGGCGGCGGGGGAAGUACAUCCAAGACGAGCAGUGGCUCAAGUUCCUCCUAAAUCGACUUAAUAUUGUCACGGACGACAAUGACACAAAGAGCGCUAGGGGCAGAAAUAUGUCGUGGUAGUAGUUGGCCCCGAGUGGGCCUUCGCGGAUUCGAUCUCGAACUGGAACCUCGCAGAAGCUGUUAAGGGCCGUAAAAAUUGUAGCAUCUUCAUGGGACGCAAAAAAAUGCACACCUAGUCUCCUUUAUCUAAGUUAGCAUGCCACAUUCUUGCAUCUAUAGUUCUUCCUCUUGGGAUACUCUGUACAUAGAAAAACUUGGGAAGAUGUCGAGAUUUAGAUCGUCGGGGAAUUAAACUGCAGCCGUGCACAACCAAGUCAUCGGAAUGUUGUAUGUGGAAGUGAAACAACACCUCCUUAGUACAAGUAGUGUGCUCUCCACUUGACUGCAGGACGACAGAUGAAGAUGCAAAGCAAUGAUCAGUCAAACGCACAUCAGUAAAAACAAACGCCUAUCAAAUCUAAAAAUUGGAAAAAUCGGAUCGCGAAAAAUGCAACAUCGCUCGCAUGAAAAUGUAUAAUAGACAUUGGAUGACUUCUCGCGAAAUUUGUUUGGGGAAUACGUAACACAUUGACAGACUGUACCGUAAUUUGGAAUUUCUUUGGCAGGCCUGGAGAUCACGAAUCAUGACACAGAUCGAGACUCUUUUUGAAUUUUCGAGAGACUCGUGGUCUCUUCCCGUG